GGCUGCACGUGGGCUGAAACUUGAAACUUUCAGGCCCGGCCAUGGAUACGCCGCUCAGGCGCAGCCGGCGGCUGGAAGGCCUAAACCCUGAAUCCCCCGAGACCCCCAGCUCAGUUUUGAGGGCGAGACGGGCCCUUGUGGAGUUCAGGUCGGAUCCAGAAGAAUCGAAGGAGCCCGGGUCUCCGAGUGCGCGGCAACCCGACCUGGAGUCCCCCCGCUGUCAGCCGGAGACAAGCCCGGAAUCACCUAUUCUACGGCAGGGUGCAGGUUUGGGGUCCCCCGGAAGGGAGCUGGAGCCGGGCCCAGGGGACCACCAGGUUCAGCAAGAUCCAGGCGUGGAGUCGCCCCAGACGCUUCCGGAGUCGGGUCUACAACCCCCCGGAUUUCAGCCAAAGCCAAGUGGGCAGUCAGCAAAGUUCUCCCAAACCCAAGAAGAACUGGACUCGGAGUUGGCCCUGAGUAAGAAGGAGCUGGCCUCGGGGUCUCCCCAACAUCAGCUGCAGCUGGGCCCAGGAUCCCCUGAGCCUUACCCGGCUCAGCAAGCGCCGGGUCCGGAGCCCUCGCGACCACUACAGGAGCCGACAGCCCAGUCACCCGGCUCCCCCCAGGGUCAGCACGAGCCGAGCAAGCCACCUUCCGCCGGGGAGACGGUGAAAAGCGGCCUAGGGGCAAAGAAGCGGGCAAGUUCUUCAGCCCAGGCCCCAGCGUCCAAGAAGUUGAAGGAGGGGGAGGAGGUUCCUGUAAUCCCUAAGGGAAAGCCCAAAUCCGGGCGGGUGUGGAAGGACCGCUCCAAGAAAAGGUUCUCCCAAAUGGUUCAGGACAAGCCCCUGCGCACAUCCUGGCAGCGGAAGAUGAAGGAACGGCAGGAGAGGAAGCUGGCCAAGGACUUCGCCCGGCACCUAGAGGAGGAAAAGGAGAAACGACGGCAGGAGAAGAAACAGCGCCGGGCCGAGAACCUGAAACGCCGCCUGGAGAAUGAGCGGAGGGCAGAGGUUGUCCAAGUGAUCCGAAACCCUGCCAAGCUCAAGCGGGCGAAGAAGCAGCAGCUUCGCUCCAUUCAGAAGCGGGACACGCUGGCGCUGCUGCAGAAGCCACCCCAGGGGUCAGCAGCCAAGAUGUGA